UACCCCUUCAUUGCCCCAUAAUGGUCAUGUGGAAAAAGUUCAGAAACCCAAAUCAGACAACAGCUUAUCAAAUCUAUGCCGUCCACGUUUCACCCAUCCAUAUCUUAACCCUCCCUCUAGUUACCGUUAAAUUAAUGGUAAGCAACCGUAUUAAAAAAUAAAAUAAAAAAGAAAACCUCCCCCAAAGGUCACCCGCCCCUGAACUACACUGUACACAUGUAUAGUUUAGACAUUUACUAAGUGGAAACUAUACACAAGUUUCAAUGCAGUAUUGUAAAUCUUUUUGUCUGUGAUUUUUUUAUUUAAUUUUAACUGGAAUAUAUGUUAUUUGUUUUUAGUUUUUUAAUGCAUUAUGGAUCUAAACUUUCCCAUUUAUGGUUUUACUGUCUUGUUGCAGCUUAGAUAGUGUCAAAAACAUUUCAUGGUUUUUUAAAGUAUUAUUCUCUGCAGAUGUGCUUUCCUCUAAAACCCUUCUCUGAGUUUGAUGUUCUCCUUGUUUUGAAACCAAAAUAUGAUAUUUUUUUUUCUGUGUUAGUCUCUUUUAGUAGCUCAAGACAAUCAUGAAGGUUUGAUGGGGUGGUUCUGUUUUUAAUUUAAUGCAAAUCUGUAUGCUUUUAAGCUUUUUAGCAUCAGGAUGUAUGUAUAUGCACACGGAUCGGGUCCCUAGCUACUGUGAAGUAAGUUUGAGAUGUUAUGGAAGUUCCUAUUGGGCACUACUGUUUUUUGUUUGAUAUAUAAAAACUAACAAGCUUGUGAAGAUGCGCUUUUAUUACUUGAUAAAGUAUACCUUUAUGUUUCCUGUCUGAAGAGUGGGCAGAUAUUUAAUGGGUCCAUUGUGUUUGAUAUACGUAUGGAGUGAAGAAGAUUUAACUGGCUUCGAAAUCUUUGGUUAAGUUCCAACGCGUCGCAUGCCUUUUUAUUUUGUUAUACUUCUCAUUAAGUUUAAAAUAAGGCAACAACAGUAAGUGAUUUUUUUUUUCUUGGGGAAUGAAUCUUGGUCCAUUUACUUUGCUUCUAGAUCUUUUAUUACUGUAGAUAGUAUAAUGCCUAAAGUAUUAGCUAUAUAGGUUAAGAUUUCAAGAAAUAGGAUCUGGACCAUUUUUACUUGCUUGAAAUCUGCUCCUAGGUAGUUAUGCAUUAGACUCUUCAUUAUACUGACACUAAAGUUAAGUUGGUCACACACAGUUCUGUGAGUAAUAAAGUAGUCAAGAAAAGCUUUGUGUUAGAGAAUGAGAUCUAUAGAGGAUAAAGGGUGUUACAAUCAUGGACCAAUUCAAGAGAUUUCAACUAGCCAUGGAAUCAGUUUUGAGUUUCAUAAAGGGAAUGGAGCUAACCGUACUUCUCAUCAUAGAACAGCCUUAGGCAAGCCAACACCAUCUAAAUGGGAUGAUGCACAAAAAUGGCUAGUUGGUUUGUCAAGAGGAGGAGAUAAAAACCAAUCCAAGCCAAGAAACUCAAAUGCGGAUGAUAGGAGAUUGAUAGCUCCAGUUCCACAACAAGAACGAGACUAUUUAAGUGGAGGAGAUGAUGUUGAAGGAGAGGAAGCAAAUGGUUGGCCUGAUUCAACGGAAACCAAGAAGGUAGAUUGUGAUGAGCCCAUUUGGAGAAUCAAUAAGACGGUGCAGAAUUCUACUGCAUCAGCUGUUAGAUCAAUCUGUGUUAGGGAUAUGGGGACUGAGAUGACCCCAAUUGCUAGUCAAGAGCCUUCAAGAACAGCAACUCCAAUUAGAGCUGGAACUCCAGUAGCAAGGAGCCCUAUAUCUUCAGGAUCCUCCACUCCUGUAAGGUGUCAGCAUGGGCUGCAGUGCACUGAUCAGGGAUAUCAAGCAGGUUUAGCAUCCACUGAAAGCAGAGGAGGUGAGCCCAGUUCUGCUUCCAGAGGGCGUCAUGGAGAAGAACCCAAUGGUUGCAAGAUGUCUGAGAAUAAGGAUUUAGAUGAAGCAAGAAACCUGAAUCCCUUGGAAAUGAGAGCUACGGCUUGGGAUGAGGCAGAGCGUGCAAAAUAUAUGGCAAGGUAUAAGCGAGAAGAGGUGAAGAUACAAGCCUGGGAAAAUCAUGAGAAGAGGAAAGCAGAAAUGGAAAUGAAGAAGAUGGAGGUAAAGGCCGAGAGAAUAAAAGCUCGUGCCCAAGAAAAGUUGACAAGCAAACUUGCCACAACAAAAAGAAUGGCUGAGGAGAAGCGUGCAAAUGCAGAGGCAAAACUGAAUGAGAAAGCUGUAAGGACAGCUGAAAGGGCAGAUUAUAUAAGGAGGACUGGCCACUUGCCCUCUUCAUUCUCUUUUAAGUUGCCUUCUUUGUGCUGGUAGCAACACUAUUUCAUUAUAUUUGCAUGCAGUAUGUAUCCAUAACCAUUCAUCUGUCAAUUUUUUUUUUUGAAUUAAUCUGUAAACUUGUGGGUUCAUUUCAUAAAUUAAGUUCUGAAAUUGCAGUUAUGAGGGAA